GGGAGGACUGGCAGUCCCGGCGUGCCCCGCGCCGCCGCCGUGGGUGCGGGUCCCGGUGCCGGUGCCGCCGCUGCCGCUCUGCGCCCCCGGCCCGCCCGCCCUGUCCGCGGCCGCCAUGGGCUCCCUGCUCAGCCGGCGCAUCGCGGGCGUGGAGGACAUCGACAUCCAGGCCAACUCGGCCUACCGCUACCCGCCCAAGUCCGGAAACUACUUUGCAAGUCACUUCUUCAUGGGAGGUGAGAAGUUUGACACCCCUCAUCCCGAGGGUUACCUUUUUGGUGAGAACAUGGACUUAAACUUCCUUGGAAAUAGACCAGUUCAGUUUCCCUAUAUAACUCCAGCCCCACACGAGCCAGUGAAGACACUGAGGAGUUUGGUGAACAUCCGCAAGGACUCCCUCCGACUCGUGAGGUAUAAAGAUGAUGUUGACAGCCCUGCUGAGGAGAAUGGGAAGCAGAAGGUCCUGUACAGCCUGGAGUUCACCUUUGAUGCAGAUGCCCGUGUUGCCAUCACAAUCUACUGCCAGGCUACAGAGGAGUUUGUUGGUGGCAUGGCCGUAUACAGCACAAAGAAUCCCUCUCUGCAGUCUGAGACAGUUCACUACAAGAGAGGGGUAAGCCAGCAAUUCUCCCUGCCUUCCUUCAAGAUUGAUUUCUCGGAGUGGAAGGAUGAUGAGCUGAACUUUGACUUGGACCGAGGCGUGUUCCCGGUGGUCAUCCGAGCAGUGGUGGAUGAAGGGGAUGUGGUGGUUGAGGUCACUGGUCAUGCCCAUGUUCUUCUGGCUGCAUUUGAAAAGCACGUUGAUGGCAGUUUUUCCGUGAAACCACUAAAACAGAAGCAGAUUGUUGACCGGGUGAGCUACCUGCUGCAGGAGAUCUACGGCAUCGAGAACAAAAACAACCAGGAGACCAAGCCUUCAGACGACGAGAACAGCGACAACAGCAACGAGUGCGUGGUGUGCCUGUCGGACCUGAGGGACACCCUGAUCCUGCCCUGCCGCCACCUCUGCCUCUGCAACUCCUGCGCCGACACGCUGCGCUACCAGGCCAACAACUGCCCCAUCUGCAGGCUGCCCUUCCGUGCCCUGCUGCAGAUCCGGGCGGUGAGGAAGAAGCCGGGGGCUCUGUCGCCGGUGUCGUUCAGCCCUGUCCUGGCACAGAGUGUGGACCAUGAUGAGCACUCUCACCCCUUUAAACCCCUUAAGGUGAGCUCUGUCUCCCUGCCCAGCAGGAAGCCUAGGAGGGAAGUGAGAACAAGCUCUGACAACAUCCCCGCAGGCUACGAGCCCAUCUCGCUGCUGGAAGCGCUGAACGGGCUGCGCUCGGCGUCGCCCGCGCUGCCCUCGGCCCCUCUGUACGACGAGAUCUCCUACUCGGGGCUGGGGGACGGGCUGCCCCCCGCCAGCCGCCCGCUCGUGGCCAUGGACAGAGCCCUGGAGGGCGCCCACCCAAAGGGCAAGCGCAGCAAGUCUCCAGACAGCACACUACGGUCUCCCUCAUCCCCAAUCCAUGAGGAGGAUGAGGAGAAGCUCUCCGAGGACUCUGACUCGCAGGCGGUGCUGAGCGGGGGUGAGCUGGUCCUGAGGGAGACCAGCUCUCCAGAGAGCGUGGCAGGGGAAGAGCUGGAGGAGGCCUCAUCGGUGCAGCAGGGUAGCCGCCCGCCCUCGGUGGAAGACGUGCUGCAGGACGGCGGCUGCGGCGAGAGCCGGAGCCUGACGCGCUCCGAGAGCGACGCCCCGGUCGACGUCUUCCUGCCAGGCUCGUCCGACUUCACCAAGACGCUCCCCGUCCGCGGCACCGGCAGCCCCACGCAGCCCCUUCUCUUCGAGCAGACGCGUCUGCACCUGGAGGACGAGCAGAGCGCUCCGUGAGGGCCGGGCUGCCCGUGCCCGUGGGCGGCCCCGCCCGUGCAUGCUCCCUGCGCCGGGGAGGGGCUGCUGCCGCCGCGGGACGUGGCCGUGGGGCCGGGGCGGCAGAUGAAGGACACUACCGAUGUAUAUUUUGUACGUACCGAGCACAGCCCUUUGCUGUCACUGCCCCUGUACAUAGCUGUGGCCCUCCCUGCCUUGCCGGGGCGCGGGGCUCCGCGGGAGCGGCGGAGGGCGGGGGCCAGCCCGGCCCAGCCCGUUCGGGGUGCCCCCCGUUCCCGCAGAGCCCGGCGCUGCCCACGCCGUGUGCCUUGUUCUGCUUCUGCGGGGGUCCCGGGGCCCGUCCCGCUCCCCGUCCAUGUUUGUAGUAAUAAACCGUGGAGCAGCC